AGGCGUAAACGGAAUUUUGGGUUUCUCCCAUUUGAUUUGAAAAUCCAGUCAAUUGGUUUUCCCAAGCUUUCUUUUUCUCAUAGAGACCGCUCCUUGGGAAAGAAAAGGACUUCCCCUGAUAUUUUCAUUUUCUAUUUUUAUCUUCACCAAGAAAAAAUUAAAAAAAAAAAAACCAACGGGAACGAAAAGAUGGCGAGGAGACCGGACGAGGAGUACGAUUACUUGUUUAAGGUUGUUCUAAUCGGCGAUUCGGGUGUAGGAAAAUCUAACUUGCUUUCCCGAUUUACUCGCAACGAGUUUUGCUUAGAAUCUAAAUCUACCAUCGGAGUCGAAUUCGCCACCCGCACUCUCCAAGUCGAGGGAAGGACUGUGAAAGCUCAAAUAUGGGACACUGCUGGUCAGGAACGGUACAGAGCAAUAACCAGUGCCUACUAUAGGGGUGCCCUGGGAGCUCUUCUGGUCUAUGAUGUUACCAAGCCAACAACAUUUGAAAAUGUGAGCCGAUGGCUGAAGGAGCUCAGGGACCAUGCAGAUUCUAAUAUUGUGAUUAUGAUGAUUGGGAACAAGACCGAUCUGAAGCAUCUCCGAGCAGUUGCCAUGGAGGAUGGUCAAAGCUAUGCGGAGAAAGAAGGCCUUUCAUUCAUCGAGACAUCUGCACUGGAAGCAACAAAUGUUGAGAAGGCUUUCCAGACCAUUCUCUCUGAAAUAUACCGCAUAAUUAGUAAGAAGUCGCUUUCUUCAGAUGAGCCGGCACCUGCAAGUAUCAAAGAAGGGAAGACCAUCGUUGUUGGAGCACAAGAGGCCAACAUGAAAAAGGCUUGCUGCUCAUCAUCUUGAACAUGAUCUCUAUUCAUUACAAUUUUCAUGCUUCUUUUUGUAUUAAAUUUGUGUCUCCUCCUUUUUCCUCUCGAAGGCAAGGGUUUUACUGUCGACUCUUUUGAUUACUAUCAUAUUUUAUUUUGUAUCAUUACAAAUAUUUGAAAAUAUUUUAACUAUUCAUGUUCUUUGAUUGCUGCACUUGCAAGUUAGUGAUGAUUUUGUCA